AUGGCUUUAUAGAAUUAUCUACAAGCGUUCAGAUAGGAUCAAAAUUAGAUAAGCAUUUUAAAUUAAAAAAAUGUUGAUUGGUAAAAUAAGUAUAAAAAGUCCAAGUAGGGUAAUUCAAUAUGUGAAUCAAUGUUCAAGUGUGAAGGAAAAUGUUUUAAAAUCAAGAAUAUGUUAUAGAAGAUUCUCAGAAUAGAUCAAUAGAUUUUAGACAUCAGAGCCAUUCCUUUUGAAUGUGUUGUAAUAGUAUUUAUCAUAAUCAGAAAGAUAAGUAUAUAAAAUCAAUAAUCAUAUAGGUUUGGAAUCUGAUAAUUUCUGCUUCUCUUUACUGCAAUUCCUUCUCAUAACAAUUGGAUUCUUGAUAAGUGCGUAAUUUUAUUCCAUGCCUAGACAAUCUGAUUAUAUCAAUUGUUCUAUUUAAUCUAUAUCAUCUCUUUGUUUUGGUUUUGACUUUCUUAAGGAGCAGCCCAUUUUUAAAAUUGUUAAAGUUGAAUGGAAUAAUUAAAAAUAUUAUUAUAAAUAUACAUAUUUUGGAGGAAUUAUGAAAUUGGAACUAAAUUGA